GUCACACCACGCGUGUCGCUAGUUCGCUUCUCUCAUCAAAAUCAACAAAAUCGUUUGUUUUCCGCUGCAUCUUUUGCUGCUGCCUGGUUUUCUGGCUAUUGUGAAACCCGCACCUUUCAUAAUGAGUUCAGCAGUCUCCUCUGGCGACAAAGAAGCCAUGUGCUUGCAUUUCGUUGACCAGGCUUUUCUCAGCAAGGGCAAGAACGGCUCUUUGCUGCCCCCCGUCUGUGCCGACGCUGCACAGAGGACCUACCCUGACUUGGAAAUGCUUUUCAAGAGGGUUGAGCAGAAAUUCAAUGGGCAAAAGCACUACGAUGGCAAAACGUUCCUGAAGGAAACCUUCGUAGUUGAGUUCUCGUCACUCAUUCUUUCAGAGAAGCCCAUCGCUGAAGGCAGCAGGUUGGCCUGGUUCACGAUGCUGCGUGCAGCCCUGCUCUUCCUCAUGCCCACCACAGACAAGGAGUUCGAGCCAAUGCUUGUGAGGCGGAUUUUGCUGGAGGGAAGCAAACGCCUGCAGCUCAACAACGACCUCGACGCCAGCCUUCUUCUAGCCCUCGACCCGGACGUUCAGCAUUUUAACUUGCUCAUCAACAAGGCGCUCCUUGCCGUCGAAAGCUCCCAAAUUUACAAACUGCGUGAUGCCUUGCCCAAAUGCAGCUUGGAAGUCGCCUUGGCCACCUUGAAAACCCUCAACUUGGCCAUCUACGUGUCUGACCUGAGCUUCCUGAAGAAAGUCAGGGACAACUUUGCCGCAUCGUUGCCCUUCAUCGUCCAGACCGAUAAGAGGCACCUCUUGUGGCUCAAGGUCAUGUUCUCCGCAUUCCGGCAAGCGUCCAAACCUGGCCGGAAGGCAAUGCUUCAGAACAUUCAGCGAUCUCUGCACAGUUCGUAUGCCAAGAAGAUCAUGGUGAAGCUGGAUGGAAAUCUGGAGAAGCUGCAGGUCGACCCUGCCCUGCGCGGCUUGGCCAAGCAGCUGCUGUCCAUGGUGGGCACAUGUGCCAUCAUGAAGAGCCCCAUCAGAGAAAUGGACAGCCUGCCCUUGCCUGGACUGCUGGCCUUGGCGGUGGACCCUGAGAGGGACGCCUGUCCUGGCUGGCCCUUAAUCUCCACCCUGCUGCCCUACCGGCUCUUCGCCUUCAUCCCUCACCUGGCUGCAAACCCCGCGGUGCAGAGGUGGCUUUUUGGGUGGCUGCCGUUUUUGGCCACUCCCCGCCUCCGUCUGAUGGCCCUCGAGUGGGCCAUCUACCUGAGCCCGAGCGCCCUGGCCAAGGCCGAGUUGGCCCUCCAACUUGCUCAGCAUUCUGCCUGCCAUCAUCAAGACAUGCCAAAGGCUGGGCCUCGCCAAGACUACUGGCCUUGA